CUUUUCAAUAAGGAAGGUCCACUACAAGUAAACAAAAUGUUCUCCAUCAAAUCUAUCGUGCUCAUCGCUGGGGUAUUGGCAAGCGGUAUUGAAUCCAGCGCUGUUCCGGCCAUCCCAGCAGUGGCAGCAGCUCCACUAGUGGCGCCAGCUCAUGUCGGUUAUGCCCACGCUAUUCCUCAAAAUCUGCCACCUCAUGCUGCACAAGUAAACGUUGUGAGCAAAGCAAUCAGUCCGGUGGUGGCUGCUGCACCUUUGGCAACACCAUUAGCGGCAGCUGUUGGUACGCCCUUGGGUGCCCCAUUUGCUGCGCCCCUAACUGCCCCAUUCGCUGCGCCCUAUGCAGCCCCAUUUGCUGCUCCAUACGCCCCUUCACCUUACCUCGCGGCAACAGCACCUUACGCUCUUCCUCCAGCACCAUACGCGGCUUAUGCCGCUCCUGCAGCUUACGCUUCACCCUUUCCCUAUUCAGGUGCUCCUUUAGUCCGUUCACCAUUGGGUUUGGCCCCAGCAUUUGUACGAUAGACUGAAGAGAAUAUUAGGACACUUCCUUUCAUAAGACUAAUAAUGAAGACUAGUUUGUUAUUAUGUGUGUAAUACUACUAUUAUUUUUGUAUUAAAUAAA